AUGACACACCCAAAGCCAACUGACGCUGAAAUGACUGAAGCGAUAGUAAAAUGGCAAAAGGUUAUGGUGGACCUCCCUAAAGAUACCCAGAUAGGCACCCCUGGAACUCAAUGCGAAAUUAAGAACAUAUUCAUACGCGAUGUGGCCGACGGAGCGUUAUUCAAAGCGAUGGCUAGAACGGCAAAAGGGGGGGCCGAGGAAGCCAUAUUCACAGUGGUCGGCGUUAUCACCGAUAAAUCCUUACCACCGGUCAGUUGGGAUAACGCAAAACAUGCUGCCAGCGGCACGUUGACACAAAGCGUCACUAUAGCAGGAUAUGACACAGACGCGUUCACUAAGGCCAUAGGUUUAGCUCGCAAGGUGCAAGAACUCUUUCACGACAAAGUGGACGACGCACCUAUAGUAUCUUUCACUGGGUUGGCAAAUUCUGAAGAAUACGGACUUACGCUGACGGCCGAUACCCGAUAUUUCACGCGUUCGACGAAGAACAUUCCCGAAGACGCUCGGGUCCGUCCAGAACAUCAUGUCGACCCCCGCGGUAUAUUGGCAGAACGGGAGAGCGACAAACUGGCUAUUUGCGCUGACAAUAUUGUGGCGUACCUGCAGUUAAACGAUCAGGAGGUUGUUCUCAGAGAUCCCACCGCCUUCAAAUUUAAGGACGUUGUGGAAGUAGGCUUCACUCUCCACACAUAUCGAACAUUUUCGCCCGACCUAGGUCCUCGCUACAAAUGCAAGGUGGUACUGAGGAGCUUGAUCCACCUAGAUGCGAUGUUUUCGAAGCGCAUUGCCGCCGCUAAACGCUUGGAAUUAAAGCGGAGAAUCGACGAGGAGACCAAUAAAUCUGCGGAGGAUAAGCGAUGGAAGAGAAUGCGAAAGAACGCCAACCCAAUAGCUAUGCGCUUCGCUGGGAAAGGGAAAGCAAAGGCGAUAGAAUUCGACAGCGAGACGGAUGAGGAGCAGAGUGUGACGAGAAUGGAAGAACUGAGAGUUCAAUAG